UGUGUUUUCCGAGUUUCCUCUUCCGGUCGUGUUGCAGUUUUUCCGUGCAGUUUCCUGUACCGCGCGAUGCGUGGUCCUGCCCUGCUGGGCCUGUGAUUUAUCGAAACGAACUCAUUGUGGCCCACGUUGUCCCCCGAGAAAAUCGAAAUAAAAGUGCACCACAUAAUUGCCGUUACCGCGAUGUGGUGCAUUCUGCAGCACAAAAUACACAAUUAUUGAUCGCCAGUCUCUAUGACGGACUGUGUGUGUGUGUGUUGUGAUAAAGUUUGAGAUUCGGGCUUUCUUCUGCCCAGCCCAUACCUAGUUUUCCUCAUUUCGACGUUCAGUGCGCGAGAGAAAAGUGUGAAAAGUGAGCGCGAGAGCCCAACUUGCCGAAGAACAUGCCCGCCGUGGUUGAGACGAAUUUCCAUCACCCAGUCCCAGCAUCAGCACCAUCAUCAUCGUCAUCUCCACUUACGGCAGCGGUUCUCGCUAGAGAGCCACCGGCGACAGUGGAUGCUGCCGCCCCGAUUCCGCUGAGGGAUGUUUUGUGUCCGGCGAUGAACGGAACCGCCACCCUCAAUCAAUCCGCCGGCGCUGGCCGUGGCGACAUUCAUCACCCCCACGGGGGUCGAUUGAAACUGGCGUCCAACUGGAGCAACGGAUCGGGGAUUCUCGAUCAGUCCCGAUCCCCGUCGGUUGGUGAAACGUUCAUAUCGGCCGCUGCUUCGUCGGAAGCUGCCUACGUUUCGUCCUUCUCCGACAGCGACUGUACGGACGAUUCGGAUGCCGGCGGUGGGCCGGAUGAGGAGGAAGCGGAAAUGCUUGACUUUACUGUGGAGAGGAGCGCCUACGGGUACGUAACGACAGCCACCAUAGCGGUUCCCGGCCAGAAUGGUCAACCGAACGGAAUGCCCAGUGGUGCAAGCGAUGGGGCGAUGAUUUCGCUGCCGACGGAACUUUCACCCCAGGCGGUGGCUUUCGUUGUACCGGAGCAAGGUCCUUCGCCAUCGUCGGGAUCAACGUCGGUGGCAUUAUCUUUCGAAUCGAGUGUCGACGAUUCAACGGUGCGCGAACUGAAUGAACGCCACAUCAGCAUCAAGCUGGUGCCGGAGAAAAAGGGCCUGUUUCUGAAGCAUUCCGAAUACGAGAUCAAACGAAAGGGCUCCGUAAAGCCCGUCCGUCGGCGGUACAAGGACUUCGUCACGCUGCACUGCUAUCUGAUGGAGAAGUAUCCCUAUCGCGCGCUACCAGCACUUCCGCCCAAACAGCUGAUGUUGGAUUCGCUGCUCGAAGAACGGCGCCGAGGGUUACAGGCUUGGCUCACCUUCGUGUCGCUCCAUCCCGUGCUGCAAGCAUCCCCGCUCGUUAGUAUCUUCCUGCAGGACGUUACCACCGACUAUCGGUACCGGAUGCGCGUAGCCUACGAGAAACAGAUCGACGAGUUCGCGCGCCUACGACAAGAUGUGUCACUACCGACCGUGGAUGGGAUGGGCGCUUUGGCUGCGAGUAAAACGCGGAUGCACCGUGUGCAGGACGCGAUCGGUCAGCUGAUGCAGCUUUUCGAUCAUCAGGCGAGACGCACCAAGAAACAGUUAACCGAGCGGGCCACCAUCGAUCGGAUCCUGCAGAGCGAUGAGCUACGUGGCGUGUUUGGGGAGCGCUGCUUCGACGAUAUGAGAACCAGUGUGGGCGAAGCGACGGUGCUGUGCGAAAAGUAUGUCCAGAUCCAACAUCGGGCCGUUAUCGAACGGCUGCGCGUGCUGCUCGAUGCAUUAUAUGCGCACAGUGACCUAUGCGAACGCAUCGAGAGGGGUGCGUUUGCCGACUACCAGAAAGCUCUCGCGAAGGCUGCCACCGGAAGUGGUACAGUGAAAGGAAAAACGGCGGACACACUCACCACGACGUCCAUGGAUAGGGACGUUCCCGAUGACGAGCCCGCUACGGAGGUGAGCAAGUUCGCGCGACGCUCAGCUUUCGCCUUCAGCUGUGCCCGCAGUGAAACCGACCUUAUCGAACGGUACCUACAAUCGCUGCCCUCGAUCCUCCUGUCGUACGCCUUCGAAGAGCAGCAACACCAUCAAAAGAUGGCCAAAAUAUGGCACGAACUAGUGACGAGCGAGUCCGGUAAAUUGCUCUAGGGACAGCUGCGGUAGAGAUGAGGAGCACUAAACAGGACAAAACAAUCGACAUUCGGAAGCACAGGGAACGGUGCCACGUGAAGCGGCCACCGGAACGGGCAAAACCGGAGGAGAGCCCACUUAACAGUGAGCGCUGGUGUGGUUUGCCGCUGCCGCUUAAUAGGCCAAACUUAGUGUUGACUUAGCCGCACCCGAAUUUGUUUAUAACUUUCCGCACGUGGUGAGUGCUGUAAUAAAU